AUGAGUUCGAAGGCUACUCCCGUCCCAAAUGGGAUGACAUCAUUCUGGCGAACGGAGCCUCAUGCCCUGGAUAGCCACCGGUCUACCGAAUUACUGCCCGAUGAGUGCGAUAUUGUUAUUGUGGGUGCUGGAUACGCGGGCGCCUCGGUCGCAUAUAAUAUCCUCAACCAAACAAGUCCUGGGUCAACUCCUCCUUCGAUUGUGAUUUUAGAGGCUCGGCAGGCUUGUUCUGGGGCCACUGGUCGGAACGGGGGUCAUAUGAAGCCAGAUGUCUACAACGGAAUCGUUGGGUUGGCAGCCGAUCAUGGUAUUGAGGCCGCUGCAGAAGUGGCUGCAUUCGAAGCCAAACAUGUCACAUAUCUGAAGGAGUUCAUCGAUCGGGAAAAGAUCGACUGUGAAUAUGUUGUCACAAAAGCUGUUGAUGUUCAAUUGUCUCAGGAUCAUUUCAACAAGCUCAAAAAUGGAUAUGAGGGACUGAUAAAGAACGGGUGUAGGCCAACGGCUAAUGCAACAUGUAUUGAUACGCCUGAUGCUGAAAAGUUCACGGGAGUCAAGGGCGCAAAAGGCUGUUUUACUUAUGAAGCCGGUCAUAUCUGGCCGUACAAAUUUGUGCUGCAUCUAUUGGAACAUGCUCUCGCCCGAGGCGUCAAUCUUCAAACCCAUACUCCGGUCACUAAAAUUUCGCAUUCUUCUGAAGCGAGUCAAAGCCAUCGCUGGACUGUGAGCACCGCACGGGACUCAAUAUCGGCCAGAAAGGUGGUUCUUGCAACGAACGGGUAUACUUCCGCUCUGGCUCCUCAGUAUAAGGAGAAGAUUGUUCCAGUUCGGGGAACCUGCAGCCGUAUCAUUGUCCCACCUGGUACUUCAGCUCCUCGUCUCACCAAAACUUACACUCUUCGCUGGAACAAUUGGAAUUACGACUAUCUUAUUCCUCGUGCAGAUGGCAGUAUUGUCGUCGGCGGUGCGCGGCCAGCUUUCAUUAACGAUUUGAAUAGCUGGUACAACGUUACCGAUGAUAGUCAAGUACUUGAGCCUGCUAUCAGAUACUGGGACAACUACAUGCAACGCAAUUUUGCUGGAUGGGAGCAAAGCCAUGCGUACACUGACCGUGUCUGGACUGGUAUAAUGGGAUAUUCUUCCGAUGGACUACCACAUGUUGGCCUGGUUCCAGGAGAAGACGGACAAUACAUAAUUGCCGGAUUCACUGGACACGGAAUGCCGCAAAUAUUUCUCGCGGCUGAGGGUGUGGCAAAGAUGAUAGUCAACGACGUUGGCUUCAGUCAGACUCAACUACCGCGGCUGUUUGAAUCUACCUUGUCCAGACUUGAGAGCCCCCAUAGUCAGAUAUUGACCAGUACGCCAGAGGGGAAAGUACAAGCCCGACUGUGA